AUAUAUAUAUGAACGGGGAAACACAGCUGCUUACAAUACUAUAGCAACAGAUAGCAGAGAAUAGAGAAGACAAAAUCACGUUUAAAUAUGUUUUCUAUAAAUCUCGCUGUAUUUUUCUCGCUGUUGGUGUGUGCCGCUAGCCGUCCGAGUGAAGCACCCGGCUUGGGAUAUUUGUUCGUAAACGGCUCGCAGACACCAUUUUGCUACGACCUUUAUCAAAACGACAUAUGCCCACCAAAUUUGGUGAACUAUAAAAUCUUGGGUUACAACAGAAGUACAGAACAAGUUGCCAAAAUGGAGCUGCAGGGUGUGAAGUUCAGCCUUCAAGGCCUGGAAUUCUUUCAAGUCAGCCAAGCUUGUCGAGAUAGUAUCCGCGAAUAUUCUUGCUCGAAUAUGUUCGCCGUUUGUACACCAGACAGCAAACAUGGCAUAAACUUGAAAUACAAUUACGAGAAAACCAAAGCAGCUUGCGGGCGUGUUCAAUCAAUUUGUCCUAAAAUCGUAACAGAAAUGGUUGUAUACAACUGUUCCCUGAUACAGAAAGACGUAAGCGGGUAUACCCAUUGCGCAAAUCUACCAGAGGUUCCUGGUGAUGUGUGCCCAAAGUCAAGUUACACGGUAGGUUUUGUACUAUACUCAUUGUUUAUAUCCUGAGUUUAUAUCCUGAGUUUAUAUCCAGGAGCGGCAGCUAGCCCUACUAGAAUUUUAUUUUUUUAUUAUUUUAUACAUCAUAUUAUAAUAUAUAUGUUGUAUACAGUAAGAACGUUCUCGAUUGGCUGAAGUGAGGGAGGGCUCAAAAACUCGGCGAUUGAGCACAACAAAAAAGGCGGGAAUUUAUACAAUGGCAACAAAAGGUGCGAUAAAUACUAGUUUAAACUCGGGGGUUGUAGAAUUUUUAUUAAUAAACUUAAAGUCUUAAACCCCUGUCUUAAUUAACCUCGACCUUUAAAACUGUUAAUUUCAUACGAUGGAUAAUUGAAGACAGCUUUUCUUUAUAGUCAUGCUUUCAAAUACACAUUAAUUAAAUGACACACAAAACUAAAUGCUGUCUUUUUAUUCAUUUACUUAUUUCCUAAUUUUAGUAUUAAACAGUUAAAUGUUGGAGUAUGUUUACAGGCGCGUUGCGUCAUACAUGCUAAAGAUCGCCCAUUCGAUUUUCGAGCGACCAAUCAGAAACGUUUUAAUAUUUUGUUUCAGUUAGGAGAAAUUGAAAUUUUAUCAGAAAGGAAAAAUUUGUAUUUAUUAUAAAAGCAUAUUUUUACCUGACCUUGCUGUUCAAAAUGCUUCAAAGCGUUUAAGGAAUUACGCUGCCAAGCUUUCAAAAUAAAAUGUGCAUGCAACAGGUGCAGGUAAACGCAAACAUUUUAAGGACAUCUAUAAUAAUCACAAACUGUAAUAUUAUCCGACGAUUCUGUGUUAAAUUGCGCAAUGGUAUCAGGCAACUUCGUUUUCACAGACCUGCAUUACGUCAAAUGGAACUGAAUUGUUUAUUUGAUCUGAUUUGAUUUGGUCAUUUGGAACAAAGAUUUUCGAUAUUUUUCACUCUUAUUAAUUUCCAUUAUUGUAUAACUGAAACAAUUAAUGAUGCCAUUGUUUAUAGUCAGGUAUAGAUUCGCAGAUAGACAUAGACAACGUAAAAAGAUAGUGACGUAUGAGUUAUAUGACCGUAUGAGACAUUUAAUAGACUAAUUAGUACUCAUUCAUAAAAGGGUUAAUAGACAAUUCCCAUUAUAGACUAGGAUAAGAGAUGG